GGAGGGAGGUUACAAGUCCAGGUAUGUCCACAGACAUCAUCUACUUGGUCAGCCGUGGAUAUGAAAAAUCAUGCAAUGUUGUUUUCAAUGAUAUUUGCAACAAUUUGAAGUUUGCAGUGGUCACAUCCUGUGUCUUCAGUUUUUGUAGAUAUAGUAAGGCCCUCUGUGGUAGUGGUAAGUCCUGAGUGAUUCCACAUCUUGCCUCACGCCGUGACAAUGUACCAGUAAACACACACACGUGCUCCCCCAUGCGAUUUCUGCCGCCCAGAGCGCCCCGUGUGCAAACACGCGUUACGCUGUCAGUUCAACAUGUCCGCGGGCUGGAGACAGCUUACUACAGGUCACUCCAGGAUACCUGGGAUCCGCAGGUACGCCCCUCCCGCGUAACACACCUGACGCGACGUGUGGUCACAUGGUCAUUACCUUCCCACAAAAGCACAGGUGCGAGAGGUGGGGGCAGAUUCACCUGCAAACACCUGCCAAGACAGCACGGUUCCACCAGAAGACGCAGAGCACAGAAGAUGCCGGACAUGUGGAGUAACAAGUCGCCCCGCCAGAAGAGACGCCGCGCGGUGUUCCUGCUGGGAUUGCUCCUGAUCAUCCUCGGCUCCUUCAGCGCCGUGCUGGGCGUCUCGGCCGCGGCGGAGUUCAGCUGGAGCAUGGAGCACCGCCUCAGCGCGCCCGUCUGGGGAGGCUUAAUGUGUCAACUUGUGUAG